CGCCUAUACUACCCCUUCUACCCACCUACUUGACUGUGACUGACCUUCUACUCACUCUGGGACCCUUCCUUCUGACAGUAAUACUCAUGAGCGCUUUUUUUGUUAUCCCAAUUGUGGUCUUCCCACACAAAUCUAUGAGCGCCCAAGUCAGUAUUGCGACUUUGCUCAUUGUAGCGUUUUCUCUUACUGUAACGCUUAUGUUGAAGACAUCUAAUAUGGAAAUGAUGGCAGUGGCAGCAGCUUAUGCAGCAGUGCUAACAACGUUCAUCGCCAACAUGUCGGUGCUGACGCCCGCCUCUUAGCAGACGUU